UUUCGUUGGUGGCGUUUGUUAGAUCGUUAAGAUGUCUGGACGCGGAAAGCAAGGUGGCAAAGCCCGGGCUAAGGCCAAGACACGCUCUUCGCGGGCUGGACUUCAGUUUCCUGUGGGACGAGUGCACCGUUUGCUUCGCAAAGGGAACUAUGCCGAGCGUGUAGGGGCGGGCGCGCCGGUGUAUCUGGCGGCGGUGCUGGAGUACUUGACGGCCGAGAUCCUGGAGCUGGCGGGCAACGCGGCCCGAGACAACAAGAAGACCCGUAUCAUCCCACGCCACCUGCAGCUGGCCAUCCGCAACGAUGAGGAGCUCAACAAGCUGCUGGGCAAAGUCACCAUCGCUCAGGGCGGCGUCCUGCCCAACAUCCAGGCGGUGCUGCUCCCUAAGAAAACCGAGAGCCACCAUAAGGCCAAGGGCAAGUAAACUGGAAUAGUCAAGUUCUUGUUCCUUGAGCAUUCAACCUUAGCCAAAGGCUCUUUUCAGAGCCACCCACGCAUUCAUUAAAAGGGCUUACAUUUUUUUUUUUUAAUCCGAA